GACCAAUAUGUCUGCCUUCGAAAGAUCGACUUUUGCCUUGUUCUUGCUUAGGCUUGUUUUUUGCCAUAUGCCAAAGACACGUCUUUCUUGAGCGGUGUUCAAACAGAGAUGGAUCUCUCGAUCUCUUCUCUUGCUCGUACUCCUCCUUUUGCUCUAUCCAUCCAUCCAUCCAUCCAUCUACGAGUAUGGCUGGCUCUGAAAUUGGACGUCUCUGUUCUCUUUGCUCGGUCCGUUUCAUCGCCGUCUGUCUGUCCGUCCGUUUGCGUGUAGUUGGAAUUGACUUCUGGGAACGUGGAGCGGCUCAUUCGUGAUCUCGAUAUUGAGAAGGCCAGAUAUGUGACUUGUUUCCGUUUGAAUGUAUUUGCCAGUAGCCCCCAGGGAACUGUCCUCAAGUGAGCCGUGGAAUUGCAAUUCUUCCCAUCAAAGCCUCACUUUUGUUUAGCUUGUGGGUGUGUGGGUGAGUGAGUGGUGUUCAUCUACAAUUUCUUUUAAGGACAUUGAGGAAGCUGGAAUGAAAAAGGACAUAUCAUCCAAUAGAGUCAGCACUCUACAUGUACUCUCAACAGGCUUUGAUGAGAAAAAGUAAUUAGCACUUGGAGGACUCCCCAUGUACCUACAAGAAUGACAAAAAGCCCAAAGGGACGAGGCAUAUUCUAAAUUUGCAAGAGGUCAAUCAAAGCAAGAUUGGAACUUACAACCAACUUGUUCUGAUUUCAAUCAACGGAGAUAAGAAAUCCCGACCUUCACACAAAGAGAGGACAACUGCAAGAUGGCGUCUUUCUUGGAAUCGAGAAAUGAUUCGGAGGGUGAUCCUUUGCCCGACUUUCAAGAGCGAAAUGUCACUGGAUCAUGGCACGAAGAAUCAGUCAUGAGUGAACCAAACCCGAAUCCCGAUGACUUGAGUGGCAUGACCAUGGAGCUCUGGGUCAGAAUCCUGUGGGACAUGAUGUUCAUAUCCAUCAUUUCAGUGGCCAUUAUCGGGAAUCUAAUCGUACUCUGGAUCAUCAUCGCUCAUCGUUGCAUGCGAACCAUCCCCAAUACGUUCAUCGCUAAUAUGAGCCUCUCUGAUCUCCUGAUGGCCACUUUCAACUGCAUCUUCAAUUACAUCUUCAUGCGAGACAAUCGCUGGGACUUUGGAGCUGCUCACUGUACGAUCAACAACUUCUUAGCCAUCGUUACUGUCUCUGCUAGUGUCCUCAAUCUGACUGCCAUGUCGAUUGACAGAUAUAAGGCCAUCGUAUGGCCUUUGAAGGCUAGAAGCACCAAAUAUUGCGUGGGAUCCUCGAUUCUGGUCAUGUGGGUUUCGAGCUUCAUCCUGGCCUUGCCGGCCAUCAUCUUCUCGUCAAAGGUGCUGAUUUCGAAGAACCGAUAUGUUUGCGUGAUGGUUUGGCCUGAUGGCAUGCCAGGAGAUUCAUACCAAGAUCAUAUAUACAAUAUAUGCUUCUUGGCCCUCACUUACCUGUUGCCCAUUUUGGUCAUUGGGGUCUGUUCCACUCAUAUGAGCCUUAUUUUGUGGUGGAGGCCUGUUGUUGGCGUGAUCACACCACAAAUAGAGCGAGCUCGGAGGAAGAAAAUGAAGGUUGUGAAGAUGUUAGUUGUACUUACCGUGAUCUUUGGUCUCUCUUGGUUGCCCUAUCAUCUCUAUUUCCUGUGUUUGUACUAUAAUCCCAGUUUGAGUAAUAUGACAGGGAUUCAGCACAUCUUUCUGGCCUUUUAUUGGCUGGCAAUGUCGCAUGCAAUCGUCAAUCCUCUGGUUUACUACUACAUGAACUCAACAUUCAGACAUUACUACACCUACAUCCUGACCUUCCGGUUUCUGCACCCACAACGGCCGUCAGCCACCACGGGUCUCCUUCUGGCCUCGACCAUGUCGUUCCACAUGACGACCAAAAUUGUCAAAACCAACCCCAACGAGUUCCAACCACAUGCAGUGGUUCCAGCCAAACAGGAUGCUUCCACAUCCACUCGACCCUGUUCAUACAAAAGCCGACGCUCCCAAAAGCUCCCGUUGAGUCGUUAGGGACUUGACCGACCGACUUCCCGUUACUCAAAGCACGCUUCACUUUGCCUGAAAAGAUUGAUGGGCAUUAAAUUAUCCCUCUCAUUUGUCCACGCAUUUGUUGUCUUAUUAGUAGAUAUUCAUUUUAGUCAUGCUCUCUCGACAACUUGAAAUUGGAUAGGUGCAUGCCAAUUUUUGGGCGGUUGGCACUUUCGGCACAUUCAUUCAAAUAUUCAAAUUGGGGAGUGAAACUCGAGUCGAAAUUUCUAGAUGGGUUUGCUAAUAGAAGGAGAUGAAUGGAAAGACCUGCGGUCGCCGAGUUAUCUAUUGGAGCCUUUGUCCUCCUCCUUUUUUAAAGUUGACCUUUCAAGUCUUUUUGCCAUUUUGGUCGCGGUCACACAACCUUUUUUAGCUCUAAAACUGAUCUCAUUCCUUUGCAUCGGUUAAAAGCCCAA